AUGUGCCCUACCCAUGCCAGCAGCCAUGCCCGCAACAAUUGCAGAAACAGCAGAGGCAACAAUAACAACAACUCAAUCCGUUUUGCUGCGGAGCCGCCAUUUCCACGAAGCGACACAGCCCGGCCCCGGAGGAGACGCAAGCCAACAUCAACGAACCGUAAGAGGAAGAAGACAAUUGUCACGUCAAUGCCAGGCCUAAAAUCAGUAGUCAAGUGGAAAAUUAUUAUAUCGUCAAUAAUUUUGCUAUUAUUAUGCGGCACAAGUCACGUGCUGGCGGUGCGAAAGGGUCGCCUCAUGUCCCCGAGCACAUUCACCGCACUCAGCGGCGACCUGCAUGUGCAGAUACAGUUCAGUGGAGGCGACGAGGAGGAGGACAGCACGACAGUGUCGAGCGGGCUGGCGGGUUGGCCGGGACGGCAAAAUCUCAGUGACGCCCACUUAAGCACUGCUGACAGCCAGUCAGUGAUGGGAGCGGGGGGCGUGGAGAACACCAUAAUGAGCACUUUAGUCAUUAGCAAAUUCAUUGAUGAUGCCAUGCUCCCUCAGCUGGAGGCCGAACCAGGCGUCUCGCAAUUGGAAAAUGGCACGCACAAUGGACAGGUGUUGCUGCAGCGUCAACGCAAGGAAGUGGUUCAGAACAUACCACUCUUUCCCGAUCCCCGCCACAAUGUCACACAGAUCGCUGUGCCCUGUCAGACCUUCAUGCGUGGCGGGCUCUACGAGAUGCAGGUGGUGAGCAACCUAAAGACCACGGCACCAGCACAGCCGAACAAUCGCAGCAGCAAUGCGGAUGAGGUGCUGCCGACGGUGACGACGACCACCUUAAUGCCCGCCCAUGACGAGCGACUGCGUCAAACGCUAGACGUGCGAUGGCCGAGUGCCGAAAUGAGUGUCAGUCCUGUACGCUUGCGCACCUAUCCCAAAGCGCCGGUGGAGGUCACUCUGCGCUUUCCCGAUGUCAACUGUGAGCGGGCGUUGCAUCAGGAGCAGCUGCCUGAGUUCUGGCUGGAGCUGAUCUACUGCGGCAAGGAGCGCAGCUGUGCCCAAAUCUCACCGCAGAAUAUGUCCAAAUCGAGUAUUUUGUUUGCGGAACAGAUACGUGGCUAUCCCAAGCACAAGUCCCUGAAGCUGCGGUGCGAACUCUUCGGCCUAGCCGGAAACUAUGCCGUCCAGCUACGCCCCAUGCUGCCGGCACCCAAUGUACCAACCACACGACGCCUUCUGAGCGUCGAUUGGAGCGACGAGUUCGUUUUCAAUGUCUAUGCCCGCAGCAUCUUUCCCUGUGAUCCGCACACCGGAAUUGGUGUGCUCUACGAGUACCCGGGCUGCAUACUCGAGCAAGGCGACCGGGUACGCCUCUAUGCCAAGCUGCGCGCCGAUGUGGCCUCCUUGAAGCCGCCCACUUCGCUGCACUAUGUCGCCGAGCAGCGGGUGGUGAAGAGUCAGUACUCUCUCUACUUCAAUUGCGACCUAUUCUCCGAAAAAUACGUAGAGUAUUGCUUUGUCUACGUCAGUCAAGCCAUUUCGGGUGCGGUGGCCGAUGUGCGAAUGGAUUGUGUGCCCACUUUGCCAGUAAGCGAUUCUGACACUGGCGGCUGGGGUCCUUGGAGCGACUGGACACCGUGCUCGAGCAACUGUAUGGGAGGCACUCGAAAUCGCUAUCGCUUUUGUGAUUCACCGCCGCCCCGUUACGGAGCCAAGUUUUGCGAGGGUACAUCGGUGCAAACGGAAAAAUGUGGGAAUAGCAUUGCAAAUGCCUGGGACUGUAUCUACGAGGCAAGUGGAACUGCCACGACCACAUCGAAUGGAACGGGGGUUAGCCAGGAAAUCGGUCCUGGCUGCCGUUGCGGUUGCAUUGUACACUUGGGCUCCUCCAAGCCCAAACGCAUAAUAGCCGGCGCCACUCAAAGCUGCCCAGGACGCUCCUUUUGGCUUAUACAGGUCGAUGGUGAGGAAACCAUUUCGCUGGCACUAAACUUUCUACGUCUGCCCUGCGCCGUGCAGUACAUAAAGGUACGAGACGGACCGUCGCUCUCGUCCACGCUGCUCAUUGAACUCAAUGGUGCUUUGGCAAGCCUCAGAGGUGGCGAUGCUGGCAGUCAAAGCACUGUACCACUUACCAUCGAGUCCAGUGGCGCACAAUUGCUGUUGGAAUUCUUUGCGGGCGAUGAAAUCAGUUCUGCGGCAAAUGCAGCAACGACAUCAACAUCAACAACAACAACAACAACACCGUCCCACAUCGGCGAGGGUGUACCGUCGUGCAACGGUGGCUUCAUGGCCCAUGUGGAACAAAUGGUUGCCAAGAAUGCCAGCGACACCACGCUACUGGCCGCCACGCGUCUCUCAGUCAAAAGUCGUGUGGUUUUGCAGAAACCCAAGACGCGAAUUCGCUUCACCAUUGUCCAUUUGAGCGCUAUGGUCUUUGCCAGCAUUAUCAUUUUGAUAAGCGCCCUGCUUGGCGCCCAAUAUAUGGUGCGUUAUCGCAAGUAUCAUCUGGCCGUGGCAAGGCGUCAGGACGAGGGCUCGCGUCUCCAUACACCACGUGCUUCAAUAAGUUCGCUGCACACACCGCCCUCACGGGCUAUCUCCACAACUACGCUGCUAUCCGAGGUCAUAUUUAUGGUCAAAAUGAGGCCGAAACAUCAGCUGAGGCAUUCCAUACUGCGCGAGAGCGUCGAUGCUGAGAAUCUCGCGCAUGAAACCGAAUUCAAUGAGACUGGCUCAAGGGAGAAGAUGGUUAAGUGUGAGGAGACUGCAGAAUUUGGCAGCACGGGAUCCAUUGUAACGCUGCGCAACGAGUGCACAUCGCUAACCUCUCCGGACUCGGCCAGCAUGGUGCGAUCGCCGUCAAGCGAUGAGCUGGCUCCUCUGGAGUGCAGUAAUGAUGUAACCGAGAUCACAACCCAUACACAGCCAUAUAGCUGCAAGGACAGCGCCAAAGAUGCUGAAUCCAUCAUAUCAUCCGGCAUGAGUUCAUUGUGCAAUAGUCCGCCCAUGAAUAGCAAACGACUGAGCAAGUACUCCGAUCGUUUUGAUGCGGUAACUCUAAAGCUUCACAAUUCACGCCUAGACGAUAGUCAACAGGAUGCCAGCUCGUUGAAUUCGGGCUCCUUGAGACUGGGACGCAUGGGUUCGCGCAGCGUCAGCGCUUCGCUAACGAAUGGCUGUUAUUCGCCCGCUGCCAGUGUGAUUAGCACGGCCACCAUACGAACCACCAAUGCGAAGGAGUCGAAGGAGCAGCAGAACCGCAAGAAACUGUUGGCGCGGCCUGGUUCCGAAUUCUCGCUCGGCAAUCAGGAGGAAUUGGAGCUCGACUACUACGAUUACAAUGUAAUCAAUGCAGGCUCUGCGCCGGGCUCUUACCUUGGCAUGGAUCCAGCCUAUUUGAUAUGGAUACCACCGUUUGAGGAUGUUGCCGAGCGGGAGGAUGAUGAUAAGACGCCAGAGCCGGCGGCCACGACGCAACCACUACUCCAAGAGACUGAGACUAAGUACGAGGAAAUCAAAAUGCCCAAAUAUGGUCACUACUUGAGUCCUGCCAGCAAUACAGAGUCCAGCAGCAAAUCCACCACCGCCGAUAAUACUCCCAGCUCGGAUGAGAUUUCCCCGCUUAGCAGCCAGCAGCAGUCAACGGCCAGCUCGCCUAGUGAGUCCAAUCUGAAGAUCUGCAUAGCUAAUGCCCAAAAGGCACUGACUAGAGCUUCUGGAAAGCAACUCACGCCUUACAUGUCGCGCAAACAGCGUCGGCAGGCCCGACAGCAAUUCAAAUCCACGCAAUCGCUGAGAGCGGACUCUGCAGCUGAGUCCAUCAGGGGAUCUAAGUCUGCCCGAGAGAUCGCACCCGUGCAUCGAGCUUGCGCCGAGCUGGCGGUCAAACCAGAUGGAGAUUCGGAUGCGAAUGACUCAAUGAAUGGCUCGUACAUAGAGAAGGAGACUGCCGUGGAGAAAUCACCAAGUGAUCUACAGGAGUUUCUGGCCCUGGACGACAUCCAGUUUGCUGACGAGAGUGGCAGCGACUAUGAGGCAGUCACACUAAAGCGGCAAUCAAUCGAGGAGCCGGCAACAGUAGAAGAAACGAUGUUCGUGGAUAAGAAGCAUGCAAAAAGUGUAGCUUCGAAGGAGGUGGCAGUGUAAAGGACACAUGUCGAGAUUGUAUAUAGAUCUGCACAAAUAAAAGAAAUACUAAAUAGAACUAAUGGCGAGUCUUAA